AUGGCGUUCCGGAAACACAUCCAGAAACAACUCUUGCUCUCACAAUUCACACUCUUGUGCAAGCUCGCAUUUGGCCGGAUUGCCUGUGAGCGCUGUAUCAUCUCGGCGCGUACCUUGGCUUGUAGAUACCUUGACCGAGAGACCCCAGGCCGCUGUACCGAUCAAGGGGCGGCUGGAAUCGACGAGAUGAGUUUCAAAGGAAUUCAAAAAAGCUUUGCCCGAGCUCCUCAAACCUUCAAAGCCAAAUUCAAUCUCGGCGAGAAUACAAAGGACCCUGUAUACCUCGAUGCCGAAAGGAGGUUUCAAGAACUCGAGAAAGAGACAAAGAAAUUGCAUGAUGAGUCAAAGAAGUAUUUUGACGCCAUUACUGGCAUGUUAAAUCAUCAGAUUGAAUUCUCCAAAGCCAUUGCCGAGCUAUAUAAGCCUAUCUCCGGUCGAGCUUCUGAUCCCACGACCCUAGUUCCCGAGGGUAAUCCGGAGGGCAUCCAGGCGUGCGAAGAAUAUGAAUCCAUCGUGCGGGACUUAUUAACGACGUUGCAACCAGAACUCGAAUUGAUCGAAUCGCGAAUCAUUAGUCCUGCCGACCAGCUUUUAGAAAUUAUCAAGGUCAUUCGAAAGGUCGCCGUAAAACGACAGCACAAACAGCUGGAUUAUGAUCGCCACCGCGCCUCAUUGAAGAAGCUCCAGGAUAAGAAGGAUAAAUCGCUAAAGGAUGAAAAGGCGCUUUAUCGAGCGGAGAAUGACGUGGAACAAGCGACGCAGGAGUUCAAUUAUUAUAAUGACCUUUUGAAGGACGAGUUGCCGAAACUGUUUGCCCUAGAGGCGGAGUUUAUCCAGCCACUUUUCCAGUCUUUCUAUUAUAUGCAGCUUAACGUCUUUUAUACGCUCCACGAGAGGAUGCAAGGGUUGAACAUUGGCUAUUUUGACCUGACAUCGGACGUGGAGGAAGCAUAUGAACGGAAACGAGGAGACGUUAAAGAGCGAGCGGAGCAGUUGACGAUUGUCCACUUUAAAACCACGGGAGGUCGACGGCCAGGCUCAAAGUUCACUCCAGGUGGAAAGGACAAAUUGGCUGCUGAGUCGAAGACCUAUCCUUCGCGUCACGCUUCAGGCGCUUCCGACAACCCUCCACCUCCAUAUUCUGCCCAUGCCACGUCCCCAUUGAUUGGUGGCUCUGCGGGAACCUUUGGGAACGGUUCUCUUUCAGCCGCCGCGAAAGCGAAACCUGCCCCGCCCCCUCCGAAGCCGAAACCAGCCCGGUUUGCGGGUGCCCAGGUAGAAACCGUCACUGCGCUGUAUGAUUAUGAAGCACAGGCGGUGGGAGACCUGAGCUUUUCAGCGGGGGAUGUCAUUGAAAUUGUAUCAAGGACCAAUAAUGAAAAUGAGUGGUGGAGUGGUAAAGUAGACGGGAAGGUUGGCCAGUUUCCUGGAUUAGGAAACUAUGUAAGGCUGAAUCAGUAA